AUCAAGCAAGGCUGUGUAUUUCAUUAUAAUUUAUUGAUAGGUCCUUCUGAGUCAUGAUGACUGCAUUUAUGGGUAGCACUGAAUGAAAAAGGGCUUCAGUUUUAAUUUUUUAAAUACAAAUGUAUUGAUGCUUUAAGUGCUUACUGAGGAUGAUAAUGGUGAUUGUACAGUAAAUGUUUUGUUUUGUGAGACACAGUAGUACAUUUAAAUUUAUAAGUUGAAACGGAUCUAACAUGAAGUUUAAGAGAUUAGAGGAUGGAAUAGAGGAGCUUGAGCGGCGUAUCAGGGUCAACGACGAACAAUACAAUGCUCAGUUUGAAUAUGCAAACAACUAUAUUUGUACGUCAAAGUACAGCAUCCUUACUUUUCUACCAAAGAACUUGUUUGAACAGUUGCAGAGGAUAGCUAACGCCUACUUUAUUGGCCUUCUUAUAUUACAGCUGAUUCCACAGAUUACCUCCCUUCCAUUCUAUACAACAAUAGUACCUCUAGUGUUUGUGUUAGCGGUCACAGCUAUUAAAGAUGCUGUUGAUGACUUUCGUCGACAUCGCAGCGAUGACCAGGUCAACAACAGGAAGUCGAUGGUACUGCGUGGGGACAAGAUUGGGGAGGAAGUGUGGCAGAAGGUCGUCGUUGGUGACAUCAUAAAGAUGGAGAACAACCAAUUUGUAGCGGCGGACCUGUUACUACUAUCGACCAGUGAACCUAACAGCCUUUGUUAUAUAGAGACUGCUGAACUGGAUGGGGAGACCAACUUAAAGGUUCGACAAGCCCUGCCGGAAACAGCUGAAAUGGGAGAUGAUCACAAUUUAUUCAAGCAAUUUAAUGCGGAAAUUGUUUGUGAACCCCCCAACAAUCGACUCCCAAAGUUUGAGGGCAAGAUGACGUGGAAGGGAGAGACAUAUUCUCUUGACAAUGACAAGAUCCUCCUGCGAGGCUGUGUGCUCCGCAACACACAGUGGUGUUACGGGCUGGUCAUUUUUUCGGGACACGAGAGCAAGCUGAUGAUGAAUUGUGGGAAGAGCAUUUUCAAGCGGACCAAUAUAGACCGCCUCAUGAAUACUCUCAUCAUUGGGAUCUUCAUUUUCCUCCUAAGCAUGUGCCUCAUCUGCACAAUUGCUUGCGGUAUACAUGAGUCUGUGAUCAACAACAAUUUCCAGAUUUAUCUCCCCUGGGAGAGCUUUGUUCCGGGCACAAGCCAGGGAACCAAAGAAGGGUCCAUUGCUGAGGGAUCAACUGUUAUUGCUCUGCUUAUAUUUUUCUCCUACAUCAUCAUAUUGAAUACAGUAGUGCCUAUAUCACUAUAUGUUAGUGUUGAGAUAAUUCGCAUGAUAAACAGCAUUCUCAUCAACUGGGACAAGAAGAUGUACUACGAUGUGAAUGAUACCCCUGCCAAGGCCCGCAGCACUGCUCUCAAUGAGGAGCUCGGCCAGAUAGAGUACAUCUUCUCUGACAAGACUGGCACCCUUACUCAGAAUAUCAUGGAGUUUAAGAAAGCGUCAAUACAUGGCAAGUCCUACGGUGACUACGUGGACACUGAAGGCAAUCCGAUGGACAUUACAGAUGCCACACCGAAAUGUAACCUGUCGUUUAACAAGUACGCGGACCCGAAGUUUGAGUUCUAUGACAAGCGGCUGGUGACGGAGGUGCAGGGCGGUAACAGGGAGGUGGGGAGGUUCUUCACUCUGCUCUCCCUAUGCCACACUGUGAUGCCGGAGGUCACUGAAGAUGGUAACCUGGAGUACCAGGCCCAAUCUCCAGAUGAGGGAGCCCUGGUCUCGGCUGCAAGAAACUUUGGCUACGUCUUUAAGUCUCGAACCCCAAACACUGUAACAGUAGAGAUCCAGGGGGAAGAGCAGGUCUAUGACUUACUGGCCAUUCUUGACUUCAACAACGUCCGCAAACGAAUGUCUGUGAUAGUGCGUCGCAAUGGCAAGGUGAUGCUGUGGUGUAAGGGAGCUGACUCUGUGAUCUACGAGAGGCUGGACAGAUCCUGUCACGACAUGCAGGAACUCACCACUCACCACCUAAAUGAAUUUGCUGGGGAAGGUUUGCGUACACUGUGCCUUGCUGUCAAAGAUAUCUCAGAUUCCGAAUUCGCCUCUUGGUCUGCAAAGUUUAAGGAAGCCAGCAUUUCCAUGGAGAAUCGAGAUGACAAGCUGGAUGCAGUGUAUGAGGAGAUAGAGACCAACCUGAUCCUGCUGGGGGCCACAGCUAUUGAGGACAAGCUGCAAGACGGUGUGCCAGAGACCAUUGCUAAUCUGGCAGUGGCAGGCAUCAAGAUCUGGGUACUCACAGGGGACAAGCAAGAGACUGCUAUCAACAUUGGCUACUCAUGCCGCCUGCUGACAGAUGAGAUGGAGGAAGUGUUCUGCAUAGACGAAGAAGACAUGGCUAAAGUGGAAGAGCAGCUUGACAAAGCCUUGAAGGAAAUACAUGAUAAGGCAAAGAAAAAGCCUCACAGCGAUGAUGUGGAUCAAGUAAGGUUUUCCAACGGUACCACCCCAUCUGGUGCAGCCUACAACACGCAGGAAGACAAUGCUGGCAUUGUUGGGGAGUUAGAGUAUGGACUGGUCAUUAAUGGCCAUAGUCUGGCUCAUUGCUUGAAGCCAAGUCUGGAGAUGAAGCUCUUGGACCUUGGAUGCCUUUGUAAGGCUGUGAUCUGUUGUCGAGUGACGCCCCUUCAGAAGGCACUUGUUGUAGAUCUAGUCAAGCGCAACAAGCAGUCUAUAACUCUCGCAAUCGGGGAUGGUGCUAACGAUGUCAGCAUGAUCAAAACUGCCCACAUUGGUGUAGGGAUAUCAGGCCAGGAAGGAAUGCAGGCCGUUCUUUCCAGUGAUUUCUCCUUCGCUCAGUUCAGGUACCUGGAGCGGCUGCUUCUUGUACAUGGACGCUGGUCGUACCUUCGCAUGUGCAAGUUCCUAAAGUACUUCUUCUACAAGAAUUUUGCGUUUACUCUAUGCCACUUUUGGUAUGCUUUCUUCUGUGGAUUUUCUGCUCAGACCUUGUUCGAUCCCUAUUUUAUUUCGUUCUACAAUGUGAUGUACACCUCAUUCCCUGUUCUUAUCCUGGGCAUCUUUGAUCAGGAUGUUGAUGACUACUACUCUUUGAAGUAUCCAAAGCUUUACUAUCCUGGCUUAGUCAACAUGCUCUUUAACAAGAAAGUCUUCGCCUUAAGUGUUCUGGAGGGUUUCAUAUCAUCCUUGGUGUUGUUCUUCGUGCCGUACGGUGCCUUGAUUGGAGCUGUUAGCCCCUCUGGAUAUGACAACAGUGAUCUCCAGUUCUUUGGAGUCGUGGUUGCCAGUAUUCUUGUUGUCGCUGUCAAUUUAAGGUGUGCACUGGACACAAGUUACUGGACGGGAUUCAGUCAUUUCUUCAUUUGGGGAAGCAUAAUAUACUACUUUUGUUUCAUGCUGGCCUUCUAUGCUCCAGUGUUUAACUAUUCAUAUCAAGGGGUUGCAUACAGUGUGUUUUCAUCGGCCAAGUUCUGGCUCACACUGAUUCUGACCAAUGUGAUUUUGAUUCUGCCUGUAGUAGCGUACAGGUUUUACAUGACAAACAUUGCAGCGUCUCUGUCAGACCGUGUGCGGAUGAAGCAGAGGCUUACUAAAACGAAGGCAAGAACAAAAGACCUUCACGUCAGAAGAACUUCAACAUUCCGUCGCAGUGCGAGGUCCAUGCGUUCCGGUUACGCGUUUGCUCACCAGCAGGGUUUUGCUGCACUUAUCACAAGUGGUUUGAAUAUGCGGGACCGGGUGGCUUCUUCGUUGAAGCUCAAUAGCCCAGUGACGCUGACAAAAAUGAGAAAGGUGGAUGACACAAGCACUAGUGCAUCAAACUUGGAGAAGAAAGCUACCAACGGUAACACAGUGAAUGUGAAACCUUCCCACCCAAACUCUGUGGUAGAUGGUGAGGAAAGGGUUAUCCGUUCUGAAAGGCUGUGAUUGUAGAGUUAUUGUAUAGAGUCAUUGCUUUCAAGAUUUUUAUUGUUACCUAUGUUUUCUGUGUUAUAUUUUAUAUUACUAAACUAUUUUUACAGCUGUUUACUGACAAUUAUUAUGGCCUAAACAAAAUAAAUCUGCUUAAUUGACUAUUGUAAUAAUUAAAUAUACUAUUAACUGGUCUAAAUAUUGAUUCAUUAUAUUUAUCAUUCAGCUGUAUAUCAUCACAAUGAAGUCAUUAUAGUGUUUGUGUGUUAUGUGAAGUUUCAUCUCGAAGCCAUUUGAUUUGACAUUUUUACCAUGAGAAAUUCUAACAUGGAUUGUUAUGUUUUCACUUUUUCUUCAUAAUGUUUGAUUUUAGAAUGGUUCUUUAUAUUAUUAUAUUAAAUUUUUAGGCCAAUAUUUUGUUAUUAUUAUGUUUUAUCUUUUAGACCUAGAGGGGAUUCAUCAUGGAAGUCUUAAGGACUUGUUUCUAUUUUUCUGAUGAUAUAUACAAAACUGAAGAAAGAAUCCUACUUUUUUAACAUACAGCAUUUAGUUUUGCAUCCAUGAAUUCUUUGUGACAUGAGAAAUUUGAUUAACAUGUAAUUUGGAAUGUAUUAACAUAUAUAUGUUCAAUAUAUAAUGGCAGUUAUUUUGUCUAUCAAUUUAUUUUUGCAUUUCAAUGUACAUGUCUUUAAUUUAUGUGUUACACAAACAGUAAAUGUAACAAAUUAAACAUAUUAUUUUCUGACUAUAUUUUAUGGUGUUGAUUUUAUAUUAUUAAUAAAACCUUUAAUUGUUAACAGUCAUUUAAAUGUAUUCACAGUUUUCAUUGAUGCACAUACAUGUUAUUACGUUGCUGUGAGCUUUUGUGAAAAUGUUUUGUUUAAAAUAACAGAAUUCCAUAUGUCAUAGUUAUUUAAGCAAUUAAAGUUCAUGUAUUUGCAGUAUAUUUGUUUUGCUCAAAAUCAAUAAGCUUAUCUUUCAUUUAUGGACUUUGAAUACAAAUUUGCGUCUAUUCUUUUUUAACAUUUUUGGUAAGGCUUUUAUUCUUGUCAUUUAGUACAAUUUUUAUUUUUAGCAAAAUAGUAUGAAGUGUUUUUGCACAUGGUUCAUGUGUCACAGGACUCAUAAACAAGCACAUUUGAUCUCAAAAUGGCCUACAUAGAAAUUACAAGUCACAUGUAAUUUGAUAUUAACAAAUAUCCAUUUUAAAACAUGUAUUUUAAAUAUCUAAAUUCUUAUUUAUGUUUACUAAUUUUUGCUUAGCAGUAUGCUAUCUUGUUAUACCCCCAAAAUGCAGAAAAGUGGUGAAUGCUGGCAUCAACACGGACGUCUGUCUGUUUGUCUGUCUGUUCAUAGACACAUACUCGCGUAGAGAAGUAAUCAUUCACUUUUCAACCCACAACAGUCAAACUUGUUUCAAUUAAGCCCUACAAUGUGGAUUUUUACUAAAAUACACAAUAAAAUACUAGAGUUAUGCCCCCUUUACACUUUAGAAUUUCUGUUAGAUCAUUAUUGUUAACAAAGACUAAUAGAAUAAACAUACAUCACUGAAAUUUAACGUAAGGAUGUGUCAUAUAUAUAUGUAACCAUGUGUAACGGCGCUCUAUUAGGUUUUAUACAAUCAUGGCCUGAGCUGAAAAAAUGCCACAUAGAUCAAAUCAAUUAAAUAGGCUUGUGUAACAAAUUAAUUACCAACAUCUUUCUCUUAGGCCCAAAGGUUCAAUAUUUGGUAUGUAACAUUUAUUCUGGUUCCCUAAAAACUUUUGUCAAAUAAUACUCGAAACUGGUCUCUCCCCAGUGUCAAAUGAUUAAUUGUUACAACUUGCUUUGUAUCACAAUGUGUGGCGUCAUGGAGUAUUCGUUACUGCUAGGACUAGUUAACAUUGUAUAAGACGAUUUAUUGAAAAUACAAGUGCGCUAAAUAUUUUGUGAAUUUCUACUGUCGUGAUUCUCGACAUAUGAUUGAAUGGUGUUCAUGUUUACUUUUUUCUUUAUCUUACAGGGGGCCUUCGGGUAAAUCUUAUAUUUCCAUUGUCACUGUAAUUGCUAUAUUUUUGUACCAUUUUCUGUUCAUUAUAUUGGUUAAAGUUGUACAUUUCCUAUUCUAGUUACGUUACUACAUCUGACAUUAUUACAAAUAAACAAUAUAAAAGUGAA